CGACUGCAGACGUUACAGGAUACCACAGGAGGGCUUCACAGUUACGCUGGGCUUUGAGGCAACACAGUCAUGCUGCUGGUGUUGAGAGCUUUGCUGGUCCUGAGUUUGGCUCCCCUGCUGCACGGCGCCAGGAAAAGCCAGUCGGUCUCAGCAAAGCUGGGGCCCAGAGCUGGACUGAAGGGCAACAGUGUGAGGUUGGUUAUAGAUCCUUCAGUGCUGCCGCACUUCACCGCAAAAUCUCCCUCAAGCAUCGCCAACAUGUCUCUGUCACCGUGGACGUACAUUGACUCGUCCGUGGACUCUCGUUUGCCCAAGCAUAUCUCAAACGCCCAGUGCCUCACCACUGGCUGUCUGAGUCCACAGGGGGGAGGGGAGGAUAGAGGCCUGGAGGCUAAACCCAUCAAGUACGAAGUUCUGGUCCUCCACAGGGUCCUCAAACCGUCUAAGAAAAAAGGGAGGAAGGCGAGGAAGCAGUACAUCUUCACACUGGGGACAGAGGUGAUCACAGCUGGCUGUACCUGUGUGAGGCCCACUGUCAUACCUCAGGGGUAGGAAGGCGACGACUUGUGAUGAACGCAUUUCUUUCAGCACGCUGUUUUUACCCUGUACUAACCUGCAUUCUGCAAGUUUGCUUUAAGUUAUAACAGGUUCAGAUAUGAAAGUAAAAUGUGUAACAUGAAAGAGUCAUUUUUGACCUGUGUGAUGUUUUAGUGCUUGCGUUUCCCCGUCUUAGCUGUUAGCAGUAGGGCUUGCUUUGUGACUCUGAUAGCUUUAAACAGCUGCAAAGUGUGUGUCUGCCCCCUUGUGGUCGCGAGGGCUUUAUUGUAACUUUAAUCAGAGAUGGUAGACGAAAGAAUGUGAGCCUUGAAUUGUUGUUGACAUUAUUUGUACAUGAUAAAUAAUAUUAAUUUUGUGGAUAUGUGUCUUUUUUAUAUUUGUUCCUAUUUUAUUCCUAAUUCGGUAUUUUGCUUUUUACAUUUUAUACGAACUAUUUUCAUUUCAUUGUAAACAUUAUAAUUCAUAAUUAAAAAUGUGUAUCUUUAA